CUGGCCUUGUAUUUAGAGGCAUGCCUUCACUUUCUUACUGAGUUGGAUUGUGGUUUGGCGGUGAUGCACACAUCUGUGUGAUGCUAUCUGUGUCCCUUCUGAAACUGUAGAGUUUAGAUAGUUUAGACAGGGUGGGGUCAGAUGAAGCCAGAAAGUUUUGAUAAGGAGAUCUAUAACAAGUGUCGUGGAAAUUAGACAACACUCGCAGACGCGUCCUCUGAGGUGGAAAAAAGGUUUAUUACAGAAAGAUGGUUAGUACAGGAUAGAAGAACACAGGAUAGAAUAAUGAGAGCGCUCUGAGGCACUUGUGCUGAACAAUUACUAUAUAUAUGAAAUGCAGAGCAUGAUAUACUUCUGUGUGCCGAUGAGAAGCGGUUUGAGGCAGUUCAAACAGGCUUUAUUUCAGGGUCUUAUAAGAUAUGCAGAUGAACCUUGAAGAGAAGAACAUGUUUGUGUCUCUGCAUGCAGAUAAACAUUCUGUACUGGUCUAAGUGACAUGACAUGACCUUCUUAGGCGUUAGCCUCAGAUCAACAUUUUAUUUUGGUAGUGGUGGUGAUAGGGGUUCCCAUUACUAUAUAAGCACCAUCACUUCACUCAUGUUUUAUAUCAAGCAAAAAGAGUCUCCUGAUUAGAGUGCAUGAAAAACUAGAGUUAUGGCUCGUCAGACUGAAGUGGUUUUGCUUUUUAUUCUCGCCAUUGCAGCAGCAGCUUCUGCUGAUGUGGAGAAACCUCUUUCAGAGGGUUAUUUUGAUCAGCUUGUACAAGAAGCCAUGAAGCAAACUGAAGUGGGGACAUGCCUGGGAUGCUGUCCAUUCGGCUGGGUGAAAUAUAAUGGAUAUUGCUACAGUUAUCACAGCUCAAAGAUAGACUGGGCUUCUGCUGAGAAACACUGUCUGAAAUUAAGCGCAAACUUGAUGUCAGUGCACAGUCAGAACGACUAUCUGAUGGCCAAGGCCCUUAUCCGUGCAUUUGACCCCGUGGAGCCCCCAACUUGGCUUGGCCUGUCUGCCUGUCAGAAGAAGAAUGAGUGGUUUUGGUCUGAUGGCACCAAAGUGACGUUCACCAAGUGGAAUCAAAAUGAGCCAAAUUUUCGAAAUGGAGAGUGCUGUGUGCAUAUGAACUGGGGCACGCAGCGGGACUGGAAUGACAUUCCCUGUGAUCAGAGCUUUCCUUUUCUGUGUGCCAAGAAAUAAAACUGAAACUCUGACCUCAUCUGUAAUGUGAUGUAAAAAAAAAUACAUUUCCUUGUCCUAAGAUGGCACAAAUACAUUUGUGAAAACACACUGUAAAAUCUUAAGAAAAUUUGAGCAAUACGGAUAAUAAAAAAUAAAUAAUAAAUAAAAUAAGAUCUUAAAUGUC